AUGUCUAUGGCGAGUUUGUAUCGCCGGUCUCUUCCGUCUCCUCCGGCGAUAGAUUUCGCUUCUGUUCAAGGCAAGGCAAAGACGAUCAAUGCUCUAGGUUUUCCAUGGAUUGAUUUGAAAAUCUUCAAUGAAGCGCUUCAGAAAGGCACUAUGGAAGGGUUUUUCAGGCUGAUUUCUCAUUUUCAGACGCAGUCCGAGCCUGCUUUUUGUGGUUUAGCUAGUCUUUCAAUGGUUUUGAAUUCUCUUUCUAUUGACCCGGGGAGAAAAUGGAAAGGGCCUUGGAGGUGGUUUGAUGAAUCAAUGCUGGAGUGUUGCGAGCCGCUUGAAAUAGUCAAGGAUAAAGGCGUUUCAUUUGGAAAAGUUGUCUGUUUGGCUCAUAGUUCAGGGGCAAAAGUCGAAGCUUUUCGCACGAAUCAGAGCAACAUUGAUGAUUUCCGCAAAUACGUGGUGAAAUGUUCCACUUCUGAUAAUUGUCAUAUGAUCUCAACAUAUCAUAGACAAGUAUUGAAGCAGACUGGAACAGGUCAUUUUUCACCUAUCGGUGGCUAUAAUGCUGAAAGAGAUAUGGCUUUGAUUCUUGAUGUCGCUCGUUUCAAAUAUCCUCCUCAUUGGGUUCCUCUAAAGCUUCUUUGGGAUGCUAUGGACAGCAUUGAUCACUCAACAGGGAGACGUAGAGGAUUCAUGCUUAUAUCUAGACCGCACAGAGAACCAGGAUUGCUCUACACUCUGAGUUGUAAAGAUGAGAGCUGGAUCAGCAUUGCAAAGUAUUUGAAGGAAGAUGUUCCUCGACUUGUAAGCUCACAACAUGUUGAUACUAUUGAAAGAAUCUUAUAUGUUGUGUUCAAGUCACUUCCGUCGAAUUUCAACCAAUUUAUCAAAUGGAUGGCUGAGAUCCGAAGAACAGAGGAUGUAAAUCAAAAUCUCAGCUCAGAAGAGAAAUCAAGGCUCAACUUAAAGCAAGAGUUACUGAAACAAGUGCAAGAAACUCAACUGUUCAAGCACGUGGAAAAGUUUCUAUCCUCUGUGGAUUACGAAGACAAUCAGCCAUAUGUUGCUGCCAAGGCUUUUGCCCAAGAAGCUGAAAUCGUAUCAGAAAUAGAAUCAGACGAGUCCUGUUGUCGGGAAACUUGUGUGAAAUGUAUCAAAGGUGUUGGCGAGGAGAAAGGGGCGGUUAUAGCUUACCCAUCGGGGAACGAUGUGUUCACUGCUCUUCUGUUGGCUUUACCUCCAGAGACUUGGUCAGGUAUCAAAGACCAAUCACUUUUGCAAGAAAUGAAUCAGCUCAUUUUCAUGGUUAGCCUCCCAACUUUGCUUCAACAAGAGGUUUUGCACUUGCGACGCCAACUUGAGAUGCUAAAACGAUGCCAGGAAAAUAAAGAAGACGAAGUACUCUCUGCUCCUGCCUAUGCGUAA